AUGAGCUCCCUGCAGGAGGUGAAUCCUGUGGUGCGUGGGAUCAGAACCACAACAAGCCUGCAGAGUCUGGCUGCACCCAUCACAGAGCAGAUCUCACAGGGUGUUAAUAAACCUUUUAAGAGGGUGAUCGACGUCAGCUCAGGUGAUCCCCACAGAGCAGGGAUAAGACCCAUCUCAUUUGUUCGCCAGGUCUUGGCAGUGUGCUUAUACCCUGAGCUCCUCAAAGAAGAAAGCCUUCAUCUAGAUGUCAGGGAGAGGGCACAGAGGCUUCUGGAUACCUGUAAUGGAGGACACGUGGGUUCAUACUCUGUAUCCACCUGCGGUAUACCACAAGUCCUGAAAGCCGCUGCUGCGUUUGUCACAAGGAGAGAUGGUGGUGUGUGUUCACAUCCUGAAGACAUCAUCUUUUCUGGUGGCUCACAGAAGACUUUGUCACUUGUUUUGCACCUGCUGGCCAGUGGGGAGGGGGAGACUCGGACAGGGGUUUUGACCCCCAUGCCCUGCCCACACACACUGCCCAUUCUGCUGGACAUGACCGGGGUGACUCUGGUGCCCUACCGGCUGAUAGAGGAGCAAGGAUGGAGGGUUGAUGUGCAGGAGUUACCAAGAGCAGCUCUGAGUGCGGAACAAAGAUGGCUCUGUUGCAGACCAGUGAGCACAACCUGACUAAAAAAAUAGACCAGUUACAGACCAGGUGCAACACUCUGGAUGAAGAGAAAGGCCAGUUACAGACCAGUUACAACACUCUGGAUGAAGAGAAAGGCCAGUUACAGACCAGUUACAACACUCUGACUGAAGAGAAAGGCCAGUUACAGACCAGGUGCAACACUCUGACUGAAGAGAAAGACCAGUUACAGACCAUGUACAACAUUCUGGUUGAAGAGAAACAGCAGUUACAGACCAACUACAACAAUCUGGUUGAAGAGAAACGCCAACAGUACUUGUUGCCUCGACUUUCCAAUCGGAAUGGCAGGUCUUAGAUGAAGGAGACGAAGAAAAAAAAAUGGAAAAAGCUGUAUGAUUAUGACUAUGUAAACAUGUGCAAAAUGAAGUGUAACUAC